AUGCCAGAAAAAGGACAUCUAGAAAGAACCGCUAAGAACAUCCAAAAUUCUCCAAAAAACGCCAGAAAUACUGAGAAUCUAGAAAGAAACACCAAAAAGUCAGCAGAAGUACCCCAAAAAACGCCGAAAAAGCCACCACAAAAUGCUGAAAAUACCAAGAAUCCAGAAAGAACCUCCAAAAAGUCAUCAGAAGAACCUCCAAAAUUCGCCAAAAAACAAUUCAGAAAGAAACACCAAAAAAUCGUCAGAAAAACCUCCAAAAGCCACCAAAAAAACAUUGAAAUUACCAAGAAUCCAGAAAGCACCUCCAAAAAGUUGUCAGAAGAACCUCCAAAAUUUGCCAAAAAACAAAGAAACACCAAAAAAUCGUCUGAAGAAUCUCUAAAAUUCGCAAAAAACAAUUCAGAAAGAAACAUCAAAAAAUUGUCAGAAGAACCUCUAAAAGCCACUAAAAACACCGGAA